AAUUGACUUGGUAUCUUCUAUUCGUAGCGUACUAUUUUGAGAAGCCUAUGUUUACGUUUCGAUCAUACAACAUAGCUUGUAUUCUUUGUACUGUGUUAGAUCCUAUACAUAAUGUAGGUAUCUACAUCAUGUGAAAUAUUUGUUUAACGUUCUCAAUUUUAUGUAGUACGUCGCAGUGGACAGCAGGGGGGUUCAAAUGUUUGGUUGCUGACUGUGCUAGAUCUCGCCAAUCACCCAAAUACAACCCCUGAGCCCUCGUGAGUAGUUGGAAAGGACCUAACUAUUUACAGAAUAUGUUAUCUUAUUUUUUCGUAAGGCGUAUAUGCCUGUCCGCUAUUGGAAAAACAGCAUGUCGCAGCGGAAGUGUUAUAAUUCAGUAUUACAAUCUAAGUACCUCAACUGUCAACUACAAAGAUGAAUCACCUGAUCCUGAAACUGUGGUGUCUUAUGAGCAGCUUCGAUCCAUGCUGUCGAGCAAGGAUAUCCAACUAUUUGAUGUGCGCAAUCCUGAUGAAUUCCAAGCCGGCCGAAUCCCUGGGUCUAUCAACAUUCCAUUGGAUAACCUGGAGCAGUCGCUGAAGCUGUCUCCACAACACUUUGAGCUUCUAUUUGAAGCAAAGGCCCCUGGGAAGGAGGAUGACAAUAUCGUUUUCCACUGCCAACGGGGUCGCAGAAGUGCAGCUGCACUGGGAAUCGCCAAGGGACUUGGCUACACAAGGGCUCGACACUUUGCGGGAGGAUACAGCAAGUGGGUAGAGCGAAACGAGUAAAAGGUCAAUAUGGUUUGGCUUGUUUUGCCAACCAUUAAAAAGGAAAAAUGGAAGCCCUGCAGUUACUGCAAAUGUCAAACCGAAGGUCAUUAUGUACUUCUGUUGGGAAAUUAUUGACUACACCUUUCAGUUCAAUGUUGUUGGUAUUAAAAAGAAAGCAAUAUCUCUGUAUCUGUCACACAUUGGAAUCCCAUCCAAUCCCUUUAGUAAUUAAUUUCAUAUCGAUAUGCACUGAGAUAACACCCUUUAACCCAAUGUGGUAUUAAAAAGUGAUGAUAAUUUAGUCAUUAAAGUUUAUUAUGUUGA